AUGGCCUUCCACAAGUUGGUUAAGAACAGCGCGUACUACAGCCGCUUCCAGACCAAGUACAGGCGCAGAAGAGAGGGCAAGACCGACUACUAUGCCCGCAAGCGCCUGAUCGCCCAGGCCAAGAACAAGUACAAUGCGCCCAAGUACCGCCUCGUCGUCCGUUUCACCAACCGCGACAUCAUCACCCAGAUCGUGACUUCCGAGAUCAACGGUGACAAGGUCUUCGCCGCUGCCUACUCGCACGAGCUCCGCGCCUAUGGCAUCGAGCACGGUCUGACCAACUGGGCCGCCGCCUACGCCACCGGCCUGCUCCUCGCCCGCCGUGUCCUCAAGAAGCUCGGCCUGGACGGUGACUUCGCUGGUGUCGAGGAGGCUGAUGGUGAGUACACUCUCACCGAGGCCGCCGAGACCGACGACGGCGAGCGCCGCCCCUUCAAGGCCAACCUCGAUGUCGGUCUUGCCCGCACCUCGACCGGUGCCCGUGUCUUUGGCGUCAUGAAGGGCGCUUCUGACGGUGGCAUCCUCGUCCCCCACUCCGAGAACCGCUUCCCCGGUUUCGACAUGGAGACCGAGGAGCUCGACGCCGAGACCCUCAAGAAGUACAUCCUUGGCGGCCACGUCGCUGAGUACAUGGAGACGCUCGCCGACGAUGAUGAGGAGCGGUACAAGGGCCAGUUCGUCAAGUACAUUGAGGACGAGGUCGAGGCCGACGCCCUUGAGGAGCUCUACACCGAUGCCCACGCGGCCAUCCGUGAGGACCCCUUCAAGAAGUACGAGAGCGACGCGCCCAAGAAGACCAAGGAGGAGUGGAAGCAGGAGUCGCUCAAGUACAGGAAGAGCAAGCUCACCUAUGAGCAGCGCCAGGAGCGCGUCAAGGCUCGCAUUGCCGAGCUUCGGGAGGAGUAA